CCAGUGUUGUUCCCCAUGCCGGUGGGAUGAGUACAUGCUGACAGCCGUCAGCACAGUCUGCAAAUUGUGUAAUUUGUGAAGGAUCAUAUCAGUACCUUUUCUUGGGACUGAUUAGUCUGUCAGAUGUGCACGCACAGCUUUGUUGGGUUUCAUUGUCAUAAAAUGAUCAGUUUGACUUGCAUCAGAUUGUUGUGUGAUUUGGGUUAAGACACUGAAACUAAAUGUAUGGAGAUUCCUCGGGGUUAUCCUAUCACCACUGCCCUGUGAAAUAGCCAGGAUUCUGGAGUGCCCACCGCACUGAGUUCCUGUAGUUUCACAAGAACACUGCUUAUCACAGGCAGCCAGUGGGUAUGUAAAACAAGACUUUUUGUUCAUCAAAGAAACUGAAGUAUAAUAGAGUAUGUAUUCAUUAUGUUGUCCCAUCUCCUUUUCUCUGACUGUAGACAUUCUCAGUUUUCAAAGGCGUUAUAUACCCUGGAUUUCUUCUAUAUAUUUUGUGGAAGUGCAAGUUUCCUUCACGUUGGAUCUGGCAGAUGGAAGUUAUUGAGACAAGAAUUCUUGCUCUGUUGAUUGGGAUGAAGUUUAAUCCUGGCAUAAAUCUCCUCAAUGAACAUCUAUCAGUGUGCUUUUGUUAGAGUUGGUUGGAACAGCUGGAAUUUACUUGUUUGUGUGAUUCAGUCCAUGCAAGGAGGCUAAAAUCUGUGCAGCUGAACCUCAUGAAUCUGCAUGAAUUGAGGUUUUACACGGCCCUCAGAGCAAAAUCAGCUGCUUUGACUGCUUUUGCAGAGAAAGUGCUAUUUCAGCAUCCUUACUGCUACGUGUCAACAUGGCUACAGAUGUGUGUGAUCAUCUAAUUUUAACAGUGCUUUUUGUAAUACAGAUGCUCAGCUGUUAGGAGUCAAACUGAAAUUGCCGAGCCAUUUCACACAACCUCUGACAAAUAAUUUGUUGGACAUCACUUCUUUGGGCUGCAGCCUUCUCAGCUGCUUUACCAAUAACUCAAACAUGAAAGCUUGUACAUCUGGCUGUUGAAACCCUGAGUCACUCUGUCCUUUAAUUAAAGCGUGUUCCUUUAUUAUGUCCCUCUUGCUUAAAAUUAUGAGAGAAAAAUUUCAUAGAGGAGAGUGCCUAACAAAUGUGCUUUUAUUUAAUAUUUUCUAUAGAUUAGCUAAGUAAAGGGGAAAGCUUUGCAGUAUCUAGGGUAUGUCAGGCAGUUGCAGGGGAUGCAUAUGUCAACCUCGAGCAUGAUUUAUCUUGCAUGCCUUUUCUGACAGUUGUAAUUUAACGGCUGUACUUUUUCCUCCAGGCUCUCAGGAGGCUGAACAUCUUUUCAAGUUUCUAGCUUGGUGGUGGAGAGUCGACGUCUGUUUGCCAGUGUAAUUUAUUGAGUCAUUCUGGGAGAGGCGUGGAGCAACUGAAGCAUGAGGAUUCACAUAAAUGUGAGAAGAGGGGGACUCUUCCCAGGGCAGCACUGCCCUUGUCUCUUUCAGAGGAGAGCUGCUGCCCUGUAAUGACUGCUGCUACUCACUGAGAUGUGUGGGGCUGUGGACUAAGAGACUGAUACGGUGUGCUCUGAUCCAUCGUGCUAUUAUUUUGCAUUUCAAUUUGGAGUUAAAAAGAACAAAGUAAGAAAGGAGGAGGAAAAUUUCUGCACUAAAAGCAAUUCAAGGUAACCAAGAAUCACGUACACUGAGGACUGCUGCUUGUGAGCGUGUGCAGGAGCGCUGGGAGCUGCGGGGCCACCACGGGUUUGUGCUGCGUGUCUGUUGGCACCAUGAGCUCCGGCACCACUGCCCCAGUGAGGGUGGUCAGCAGCCUCGCCAACACCGAUGUCAACUAUGUCAUCAAAGAGCACUAUAAUUACACGGGAAAGCUAAAUGAGAAUGCGGACAGUGGAAUAAAAGUGACGUCGGUGGUUUUUAUCAUCAUUUGCUGCUUUAUAAUCUUAGAGAACAUUUUUGUCUUGCUCACCAUCUGGAAAACCAAGAAAUUUCACAGACCGAUGUACUAUUUCAUUGGGAACCUGGCUCUUUCAGACUUGCUGGCUGGCGUGGCUUACACCGCCAACCUCCUGCUCUCCGGACACAAAACUUACAGCCUCACUCCUUCCCAGUGGUUCGUAAGGGAGGGCAGCAUGUUUGUCGCCUUGUCAGCUUCUGUGUUCAGCUUGUUGGCCAUCGCCAUUGAGAGAUACAUCACCAUGCUGAAAAUGAAGCUCCACAACGGCAGCAACAGCUUCCGUUCUUUCCUUCUGAUCAGUGCCUGCUGGGUUAUCUCUGUGAUACUCGGAGGACUCCCGAUCAUGGGCUGGAACUGCAUCAGCCUCUUGUCAAACUGCUCCACAGUGCUGCCGCUCUACCACAAGCACUAUAUUCUCUUUUGCACCACAGUUUUCACAGGCCUGUUGCUAUCUAUUGUUGUCCUCUAUUGCAGGAUCUACUCUAUGGUGAGGACUAGGAGCCGUAGGCUGACAUUUCGAAAAAACAUUACCAAAGCUACCAGGAGCUCAGAAAAGUCACUAGCCUUGCUCAAGACAGUGAUCAUAGUCCUGAGUGCCUUCAUUGCUUGCUGGGCUCCCUUGUUCAUCCUGCUUUUACUGGAUGUGGGCUGUAGAGUGAAGACUUGCCCGAUCCUGUAUAAAGCAGAGUAUUUCUUAGUGCUGGCUGUGCUCAAUUCAGCCACGAACCCUAUCAUCUACACCUUAACUAACAAAGAAAUGCGAAGGGCUUUCAUCAAGAUCCUGUGCUGCUGCAAAUGUCCCCCCACAGACUCGGGGACUAAAUUCAAGAGGCCAAUCAUCGGAGGGAUGGAGUUCAGUCGGAGUAAGUCUGACAAUUCCUCCCACCCACAGAAGGAGGAAGGCGACCGUCCUGAAACCAUCAUGUCUUCAGGCAACGUUACCUCAUCUUCUUAAGGAGUGACCGUGGAGGUGUUUAGAGCCUUCCUCUGAAACUGGGAGCCGAGGCACCUCCUGCUCGCUGCAGCAGUGCUGGGCUGAGGAGCGAGUAGCAUUAGUUCUAACAAGGCCAAUGGUGCACUUGCGAGGCUGGAGUUCAAGAAAUGGGACACGCUGUUCUGGCUUGAAAAUCCAUUUCCCCGGAGCAUGUUUUGUCUUUGCACUGGGGCAGCUCAGGAUUGUCAGGCGCAUUCAUAUCCUGAGAUCUCCUUAGUAACUCUGAAAGACUGAUGCCUUGGGGAAGUGAUGCCUGGUGUGUGCAAGAGAAUGAGAGUCGGGGAAGAGGCAAAGGGAGAAUGAAUCUUUUUUUUUUUCUUUUUUUUUGCCCUGUGAGAAGAAUGUGAAGUUAUUUUUCCUUUACUUGCAGCAAACCACUGACACAAAGCUCUUUCUGUACUGGGUUUAGUGAUGGCUCGUAUAGUUGGUCAGAAGUGUUUGUUUAACACAUAACAAGGAAAGAGAUCAUGCAGGUAUAAUUUAUACCACGGGCAGCCAUAAUUUGACAUCACCUUCCAGAGCUUUUAGUUAAAUAGUAAGGUUUUAUUUGCAGAGUCCAAAGCUGUUGGAGUUUUAUUUAGCAAGAUCAUAGCUGUGAAUUUUUGUUGGUGGUCCAUAUUACAUUUGAAGACCAAGAGCAGGCUCUGUAAUUACACUCACUUAAACAGUUCCAUGACUGUAUCAGAUUUCAUGGAAUCACUCAGAGCAGCAUUUGGCCCCAUGCGUUGUUUGCCAUGUUGUUAUAUAGCAUUAAAUAAACUGCAUUAUUGUGACAAAAUGCGAGGUGGAACUGAAAGUCACCUCUCAUAAAGAUGACAGAGAGUAAAUCUACUAGAAUAAAAUACUGUUGACAGCAGCAGGAUUUUUACUGAGGUAAAAAGAGCUAAAAACUGAAGGCAAAGGUUAGUGUCAGGUGACAAAGGCAAAAAGUAAAGAUUGGUUUCAUCGCCUGAAAAGAAAGCCUUGAGUUUCAGAAACGUAAGAUUUCAAGUGAAAUGACUAUAGAUAAAUGCACUUCCAUAACAAAAUGCAACACAUUUUGGCACAUUUUAUUAAUGUUCAUAAUUGCAGGAAAUCUGUCGGUAUUCUAUCACUUCGUGGCUUCAUGGGAGAAGUGCCUGUCAUUAAAAUGAAUGUAUUUGUUUUACAGUAUCGUUUUGACUUCUCUGGUUUUCUAACCUGUGCUAAUGGGGUUGAAUGUGUACAAUGUAAAUAAGUUAAUGAGAUACAGGAGUCUUCGCACCUAGAGUAUUACUAUAACAAAAGUGGUAUAUCUGGGAUAGCUGAGAGCAACUGACUGAUUUACAGUUACGGACAGCUCCUAGAAGUGGUAUUUUGUAAAAAAAAUAAAAUAAAAUAAAAAUUAUUGCUUUUGUAGUAAAAUUUCCAGUGCAAUUAAAUUGUUGUUUUUUUUUUUUUCCUGGUUUAAAAAAUAGUAUUUAAUAUGUUUCUGACUUCUGUUGUUCAAUUUGCACAUAGCUUUAUUGACUUCUAAACAUUAAUAAACUGAUUUUUGUAAAGA